GUGAACAUGCAACCAUCAACAUUGUCUUCUAGGAUUAAAGAAUCUGCGGCAGGAUUAACAAGAGACCUAGUCUUCAACUCUACCAACGGCUAUGGCGCUGUGGAAACGACAAACGAGCUCUCGACGCUGAGGAGUGAUUGCAAACUUUCUAGUAUAUCAUCACACGGAACAUCAUCAUCGCCACAACUGACUGAGCCUUUGAACAACCGACAACAUGACGGGAAUGGAUUGUUGCGAUAUACAAAAUUCGGACACGGUCUUGAUGCUGAUCCAGAUGCUGGAGAAGAGCUCUCUCAUUUCUUGCUGCAGAAAUGCAACAUGGAAGUUUCCAGUGCAGCGAGCUCUCGAUCGGGUUCAACCUUGGACCUUACGUUGAAAGGCGGAGAUGAGGGGGAGCGGUGGCACAGUAACCAUCUCAAAAGAAAUGACAGUUUUGAGCCUGAGAUGUCCCGGUCGAAACAAAAAUCGCCGGCGCAGGUGUGGCAUACAGACACGCAGCAAGAUCACCAUCGUGACAAUGCGACACUAGACUCCGUUGACUCGAAUGAUCAUCUUGGACAAUCUCCCUCCAAGACGAGCGAUUACAAUCACCAAAGGCUGUUCUCAGGAGGUCAAACUUCAGAAUUCGCUGUAAAAAGUACUUCCGAUACAGAAACCGCACGACGAAAAGAGAGAGCACUCAGCAGGCUGCAUCUUAUCUUCUCACAGAUGCCUGCCGUGAUCCAACCGCAGGGUGCUACGAAUUUGAGGCAGGCAGACUCCUUCGAAUCAUCUUACAAUCAGCUCUGUGGAGGAGAGGACGCACAGGAGUGGGCCGAGUUCGAAGCAUCACUGUUUCGUGCUUACAGCGGUCAGACACAAACCGACGAGCAGUUGAUUUCGCAAGUACAGCAACAUGAACAGAACUCGGCUAUGCUCACAGGGAGGCCACCAUCGUUGAGAGCCAACCUGGGCCAAAGUCAUAUAUUGCGACAUUCGGAGCUGUCAAGGGACAUCUUACCACAGCAGAAACAAGCAGCGACGAACAAGGACGAGGAGCAGUCAACGGAUAAGGAAUCGACAGCUGAAUUUCAUUGUCCAUGGGUCGAUUGCCAUAGUAAAUUCCAGAUGUGGACCGACUAUAUUCGAAGCACAAACGAUACAGACUCUUUCCGGUGCGUACACACUGGUUGCGAGCUCGAGUUCGCCGCUGAAGGAGAAUGGCGCAAGCACGUUUUGAUUGCUCACCACGAUUUGGUUCCUACAGUCCAGCCGGUUGCCGAGGCUGAUAUGGAAGCUGCUUGGGAGAAAACUCAGGCUUAA